AUGGCUGAUACGGAGAAUGGCGACGCUCCUGUUGAGCCUCAAGCCCGCCAUAUAGUCUACUGUGGAGUGUGUUCUCUUCCCCCAGAGUACUGUGAAUUCGGCGGGACAUCGAAGAAGUGCGAAGAAUGGCUUGAGAAAUCACAUCCAGAGCUUUACCAGAAGCUAUACUCAGACGAAACAAUUGCCGCAAACCUUUCAGCACUGUCGGUAGAAGCUCGUGAACGCGCAGCCAAGGACGCCGCCAAAAAGGAAGCCAAAGCCGCUCAGGCUGAGACCCGUGAACACGAGAAGAAAGCAGCUUCUAAGAUCCUAAUUAGACGCGUGGAAAGGAAUAAGCGGAAGUUUGUCACUGUUAUAUCAGGUUUAGAGGCGCAUGGGCUUGAUAACAAGAAGGUAGCUAAGGGGCUAGGCAAGAAGUUUGCUACCGGGAGCUCGGUGACGAAGGCGACUGGUGCUGCUGCUGCGACUGGCACGAGCGAAGAGAUCACCGUACAGGGAGAUGUCAGCGAGGAAGUGAUGGAGUGGCUGUUGGAGAACUACAAGGAUGUGCCAGAGGAUAAUUUUGAGUUGGUAGAGGAUAAGAAGAAGAAGUCCGGGGCCGCGGCUGGGGCGGCUGCCGCUUGA